AUGGGCUGGUUCGACGGCCCUUCCAAGUCCUCGUCGCAUUCGCGCUCUGGUGGUUACUACGUGCGUCGUCGCUCUCCUGUACGCAAGUCAUCUGGCUUUUCGACCCACCAUUCGCGACACUCUGCGCCGUCCUUCUUCAACCUUGGUGCACUGGGAGGCGGUCGAUCUGCGAGCGGUCGAUCCAGUCCAACCAGAUCAGUCUUUUCAUCCUUCUCAUCCUCCUCUCGACGAGCUCGGCCGCGCGAGGGCUUCAUCCAGCGCAUAAUCCGGUCCAUUAAGCGCCUCUUCCGUGACAUCUAUCGCUAUGCCCGCCAGCACCCCAUGAAAGUCUUCAUGAUGGUCAUUGUGCCGCUGGUCACCAGUGGGGUGCUGGUCAAGUUGCUCGGCAUGGUCGGGUUGCGCCUGCCACAGGGACUUCUCAGUGCUCUUGGAGGUGGUGCCCCUCAGGGGGCGCGGGGAGGAUUUGGCGAGCACCAGAGCCCAGGCUUUUCACAGGGCAUCAAUGGUCUGAUGAGUCUGGCCAAGAUGUUUGCCUAG